CCGGAAAACUCAAAAGGAAGACAUCCCUGGGCAUUCCUCCCAUUUAGCGGUGGGCUUCGUAGUUGUCCAGGAUCAAAAUAUGGUAUGAUCUGCAUCAAAAUCAUCAUUGCUCAGUUGGUUCGGCAUUAUCAACUGGAAACAACUCUCAAAUACGAAACUCUCAACAUUCAUGCCCACAUAUCCACUCGCUCCAUUGACGGAUACCCCAUAAGUUUGAAGAAGAUCAAUUAAUCCAAUUAAUUGAAAAAAUACGUCAUUGAAAUUACACUUUCUCAUUUUCCUGCAGUGUUAAACUGUAAUAUAUUCAAACAAUAAAUUAGACUUAUUUACUAUAAUUUUUUAUUAGCCGUUGAAUAUAUUCGAAUUCUUCAAAUGGUCCAUUACUCUUCCUCCAAUUAGUUAGACUCAACACAAUUAUUAUAUAAGACUGAAAAAAUCUAUCGACACCUCAGCUAUUUUAAAUAAUUGAUGGUGUCAUUGCAUGUCAUUGGAGCCUCUGAAUUACUAAGAAUUACGGAGAAUUACUGAUCAAUGAAUAUUCAUAUUGCUGCAAUUAUAAGGUAUAGAAAAACAUGAAUAAUAUCGUAUCCAUUCAAUUGGAAUUUCAUGAUGCUGACCUGAAUCCGUACUCAUUCCACUUUUUUUCAAAUUUUGUCGUCUACUUUUCAAUAUUCAAAUCAACUCCCACCACUCCCCUAUCCCCUCUCCUACAGCACUUUCUGACACACGUGUGUGCGCAAUCGGUAACCGUCAACCCGUCGUCCGCAGUUAUUAAACAAUUGUUAAUUGUCCGAAGAAAGGAUGAAUCUGCGGGAGAGAUUUACAAAAAAGCACACGGAAUUUCCAAAUGAUGUUGAGAAAAAAAAAUCACGCUGGACUGACGAGGAUAAAGAGAAAUUGCUGAAGGCCUUGCAGAAGUAUGGUUAUAAGGACAUUGAUAAAAUUUGUGGUGAACUGCCGAAUAAAACGAAGGGAUCUGUCAGAACAUUAAUUAAUAGGCUUAAUAAAGAGGCUCAAGAGUCAACACGAUUGAAUGAGAGUCAUGCUGAUUAUUGGCUGCGAUCUGGAAAAAUUGAAGACUCUGAUUUACCCAUUUCUCAAGCUCUCAAAUUCAUCGCUAUGUUUGAAAAGCACCCUCCGCCGCAGGAGUGCGCAGGCUGUGAUUUUAGGUAUAAAAAUCUUUUUAUUACUUUAUCCAACUUCCUUCAUUAUUAUAAAUCUUUGUCGAGAGACAGCCGUCACAAUUGUUUUUUCUUUGAAUUUUUAGAAUGGCUCCAGUGGUUUAAAAUCAGUAAUCACAUAUAUUAUUACCAUUUAUCAAAAGCCACCUCCGGACAUCCUCCUGUAGGUAUUUCCAGAAUGACCCACGAAACGAUUGCCUACGUAAUGGCUCAGACAACCCACGAAGUGUGGCCGUACUGUCGAUCUGAAAUUACUGAAUACAUCGAGAGUAUCGAGCAAGAAAGAACUCGGAAAACUUAUUCUCGACGUGCGAAAGUGGUGGUACCUAAAGAGGAGAGAGAUUCCGACGAUUGAUCCCAAUUCUCUGUGAUUAAUCGAGAGUAAUAAUGAAACCUGUGAAUUGAACUGAUUCAUCAUUUAUUCACUUCAAUAUUUAAUCUCGCAUAUGAACUAUUGUUCGAUAUAUAAUUGGUAAUUACAAUUAAAUGAAUUGGAAUAACUGAACGUUCAAUAAUUUAUCCAUAUUAACGUAAACA